CACAGGAAUCUCUGCACACACACACACACACACACGGUUCUUUCCCUCACACACUCCUGUGCUGGUGUUUCUUCUCCUUACAGUUUUAUCGCGUAUUUAAUUCUAUCCGAUUUAUUGAACUGAAAAUUAGUGUAAAAUAACGAGCUCGAACUGAAGGCUUUAACUCGACCAGAGGAUCUCUGAAGGGAUCUGAACACGCCUGUGAGGAGCAUCAGGGAUACCAUCGUCUUUCUUCUUCAUCAAAUCCUCACGCGCUCCAAACAGCUCCGGAAUCAACAGUCGCUCUUUAUUAGUUUCUGCUACACGCGUCGUAUUCGGUUUGUUUUUCUUCUUCUUCUUUAUGAAUAUCUGAAUAUAACGGCAUUAAAACGAUCCCGAGCAGGUUCUACAGUAUCCCGAGCAGGUUCUACAGUAUCCCGAGCAGGUUCUACAGUAUCCCGAGCAGGUUCUACAGUAUCCCGAGCAGGUUCUACAGUAUCCCGAGCAGGUUCUACAGUAUCCCGAGCAGGUUCUACAGUAUCCCGAGCAGGUUCUACAGUAGAUCGAUUUCCUGAACAUUUCCACACAACGCGGUUCUUUUUGCACGCGAGAUGAUGAAGAUUGGGAUGGAGCUCCUCUUCACCAUGUUAGCCACAGGUGUGUUCCUCGUCCCAACAUGUGACACUCAAGAAUGUGGAAGACCUCUCAUGGGAACCCGUAUCGUCGGAGGCAGCGAUGCGCGAGACGGGGCGUGGCCGUGGCAGGUGGACAUCCAGAUGGGAGACAGUGGACACAUCUGUGGAGGAUCCAUCAUCUCUAAAGACUGGGUUCUGUCUGCGGCGCACUGUUUCUCAGAAUCUUUAGAUUUGUCCUCGUACCUGCUCUACAUGGGUCGCUACCAGCUCCAGGGCGUGAACCAGUUUGAGACGUCGAGGACGGUGAGGCAGGUGGUGAUAGCACAGGGCUACACUGCUCCACAGGACGGCAGAGACGUGGCACUGGUGGAGUUGAGCUCGCCGCUCACAUGGACCUCCUACAUCCAGCCUGUGUGUUUGCCCAACACCAACUUCCAGUUCUACAGCGGAACCACAUGCUACGUCACAGGCUGGGGGAACACACAAGAGGGAGUCUCACUGUCUGGAAUCGGGACACUACAGGAAGUGGAAGUGCCCAUUAUUGACCAGGGUUCCUGCAACUCCAUGUACCAGAUCGACUCGGACGCCUCGAAUGCGGUGUCCAUCCUGUCAGACAUGAUCUGUGCUGGAUACCAGGAAGGAGGCAAGGACUCGUGUCAGGGAGACUCUGGAGGACCCCUGGUCUGCUCUCUGGAGAACGGGACGUGGAUCCAGGCUGGUGUGGUGAGUUUCGGACUGGGAUGCGCACAGAGGAACAGACCCGGCAUAUACGCCAGAGUGUCGAGCUUCGCCCGUCUCAUCUCCUCCACGGUACCGGAUGCCCAGCUGCUGGACCGGGCCUGUAACAUCUGGGCAGCUCACAGCCUGGUGGUGCUCAGUGUGGCUCUCACAGUGAUGAUGCUGGCUAGGUAGUGAACGUGUCGAGUGGAUCUGCAACACUGACCCUGAACUACACCAAUCUCACAGCAUGGAGUCACCAAACAUCUCACUUUAUACGUCUGACAGCCAUCAUGCAGCAGCAGCAGCCAUGCAGAACUGAGAAUCUGGUGUCUGGUGUCUUCAUACACUGCCAUGGUGAAGAAAUCCAGAGAUCUUAGGAAUGUUGAGUAAUAAACUGCUAUUCAAGUGUAAUGAUUAAAACCAAUCCAUCUACAUUAAUACUCAUUCUUUAUUUAUUUUAUAAUAUUAUAACUUCAUUUAUAUAUAUAUAUUAAUCUAUUUCUUUAUAUAAUAAUCAUUUCUUUCAUUUGUUCUUUUGUUCUUUCAUAAUUUACUCACUGGAGCGAUUCAUGAUGUUCAUCCUAGAACUUUUAUUGUGGAGGAAAAAUAUAAACACAGCAGGAGGUGGAAGCAGAAAGUUUAUAAAAACUCUGUUGGCGUGUUACAAAAGUAAACUGGAAACCUUCUGAUACCUUCUUACAUGUUCUCCUCCUCCUGAAUUCACACACAAGAAAUAUUCAAUUCAGUACAAAUCAGAAAUAAAUGGAUUACAAAUAUUUAUUUUA